AACUAACCAGCUUAACAAUAUUUUACACAUUACCAGCUUAAGAUAAACUUACACUGCACAUACAACUAUGAGUGAUCUAAGGUUAUACUCUCUGCUACUUUUGUUUGUUUCAAUCAUUGUUCCGUCAGCAGCAGCAGAAGCACGUUUUCCUAUGGUGAAGCCUGGAUGCCGCGAGACCUGUCCAGGCAAUAAUGUAUUAAUUCCAUACCCAUUUGGAAUUGGUCGUGAUUGUGCUAUCAAUGAAACAUAUGUUGUAACUUGUAACCAUUCAUCAAACACCACUUCUUCGAAGCCAUAUCUGAGCAAACUCAACCUGGAGGUGCUGAAUGUGUCACUGAGCUCCCAAACCAUAACUGUCCGGACUCCAGUGCCUCAAACUUGUGCAGGUCAAGCUAAUAAUACCCGCUGGAAUAGCUCUGACCUCUCUGGAAGUCCUUUCUUUUACUCUAAAGAUGACAAUAAACUGAUGCUUUUUGGAUGUGGUAAUGCUCUUCUCAAUCAGGAUCAUGACCAUCAGGUGUUGUCAGAAUGCACGUCCACGUGCAAUAUAAGCAGAAGCAUAACUGGUUGCUAUGGCAUCAAUUGUUGUACAACAAGCAUUCCGUUCUAUAUUAAUAAAUACAUAUUGAACUACGCAAUCACAGAGUUUAACAAUUCAUGUGCUUCUGCCUUCUUGGCAGACCAAAGGUGGACGCCGAAGAGAUUUUCAGACCUUUUCAUCCAAAGAUCCUUGGAAUCUGUUCCUGUUGUGUUGUCGUGGACCCUCCAACGUAGUGACAUCCGUGCUAUCCCAGGUUGCUCUCAGUCAAAUCGCCCACUCGAACUAGAAUCCGGCAAGAUUUACAGUCAGCAGUGUGAGUGUGAAACGUACGGAACAGAUACUUUUGCCAUCGGAAUCAACCCGUAUUUAGAUGAUGAAUGUUAUUAUGAGGACUUUGCUGGGUUCGUGGAAGGAAAGAAGAACAAGACAGCUGCUAUUGUUGGUUCUUCUGCAGGUGUUGGUGUAGUAUUUCUCAUGAUAGCUGCUUAUGCCUCGUACAAAAUAGUAAAAAAGAGGCGCAACAAAAAGCGCCAAGAGAAAUUUUUUAAACGAAAUGGAGGUCUUUUGUUGCAACAACAAUUAUCUGCUGAUGAAGGUGCGGUUGAGAAAACAAUGCUAUUCUCUGCUAAAGAAUUGAACAAGGCCAGUGAUGGAUUCAACAAAAAUCGCAUACUAGGUCAAGGAGGUCAAGGUACAGUUUACAAAGGGAUGCUAACAGAUGGCAGAAUUGUAGCAAUCAAGAAGUCAAAAAAGGUUGAUGAAAACCAAUUGGAACAAUUCAUCAACGAGGUUGUCAUUCUUUCACAAAUCAAUCAUAGGAAUGUGGUAAAGCUUCUAGGUUGUUGUCUGGAGACAGAAGUCCCACUACUAGUUUAUGAAUUUAUCCCCAAUGGAACCCUCUUUACCCUUAUACAUACUGGGAAUAAUGAGGAGCUUCCCUUGACUUGGAAUUUGAGACUAAGAAUAGCCACCGAGGUAGCAGGAGCAUUGGCAUAUCUGCACUCAGCAGUUUCAAUUCCAAUCUUCCACAGAGAUAUCAAAUCCAGCAAUAUACUUUUGGAUGAAAAAUACGUAGCAAAAGUAUCUGACUUUGGAACUUCGAGGUCUGUGGCAAUUGACAAAACUCACUUAACUACUGUAGUUAAAGGGACUUUUGGCUAUUUGGAUCCAGAAUAUUUCCAGUCAAGCCAAUUUACAGAGAAAAGUGAUGUCUACAGUUUUGGGGUGGUCCUUGCUGAGCUUUUGACAAGACAAAAGCCAAUAUCCUCAGCAGCAACAGAUGAAACUUGUAACUUGAGUUUGGCCACAAGGUUCCUGAUAUCCAUGGAAGAGGAUUCUCUCGAAAAUAUUCUUGAUCCUCAACUGGUAAAUGAAGAGAAUGAACAGGAGGUUACAGCAGUUGCUAAACUUGCACAACGAUGCUUAAAUUUAAAUGGGAAGAAAAGGCCAACUAUGAAGGAAGUUGUCAUUGGAUUGGAAAGCCUUAAACUAUCAUCAGUGCAUUCAACUACUCCAGGAAAUUUUCAAAGUCCAAGUUGCACUGAGGGAGAAUCUUUUGUGUUUUUCAAUAACAAUUAUACAUGGACAACUGAAGGUGAUAGCUUUAGAUCAGCUUCAGAUGUCCAUCCACUACUGAAUAAGCACUAGUUUAGUAUUCUGUUUAGUGGUUAGAGUUGUAUAUUUAUUUCGCAGAUAUGCUCAUACUUGUCAUGUCAUGUCCUGGACAUCCUUAAAUUUGUUAUGGUAACAAAUAAGGAGUUUUAUUUUUCCAAAAUACCUUUGAUUAUAAAAAAAAAUUUCAGAC